AUGCCUUUUGUACUUAGAUUUUUUUGUCUUAGUGCUCUUAUAUAUUAACAUUGCUGAAUUGCUUUUUAUAAUACAAUUCCUUACUAUACAGAAGCUAUAAUUCAAAAAAGAAAAGUAACUUAUGGAAUGCCAUAGCCAGAACUCUAUGGAAACUCCCUCUUGUUGUUUGAAGGCUAAGGUUUCAGUCUCUGAAGCUGAAGGAAAGUGCCAUUCUACUGUUGUGUCUGGAUGGUUCUCACAAUCUCAAUCCUCCUCUGGUCAAGUUGUUUAUUUCAACAAUCCAAUGUGGCCAGGAGAAGCACAUUCAAUAAAAGUAGAGAAAAUAUUGUACAAGGAAAAAUCAGAAUACCAAGAGGUUUUGGUUUUUGAGUCAUUAUCAUAUGGUAAAGUGCUUGUGCUUGAUGGGAUUGUUCAGUUGACUGAGAAAGAUGAAUGUGCUUACCAAGAGAUGAUAACUCAUCUCCCCCUUUGUUCUAUUGAGUCCCCCAAAACAGUUUUAGUUGUUGGUGGUGGAGAUGGUGGAGUUUUGAGGGAAAUAUGCCGCCAUGGUUCGGUGACUCGUAUUGAUAUUUGCGAGAUAGAUAAAAUGGUUAUUGAUGUUUCUAAAAAGUAUUUUCCAGAGUUAGCUGUUGGAUUUGAAGAUCCUAGAGUACACCUGCAUGUUGGUGAUGCUGUUGAAUUUCUUAGAUGUACUUCUGAAGGAAAAUAUGAUGCAAUAAUUGUUGAUUCUUCUGAUCCCGUCGGUCCUGGUGAGGAACUUGUAGAGAAGCCAUUUUUUAUGACAAUUGCUAAGGCAUUAAGGCCGGGUGGAGUGCUAUGUAAUAUGGCAGAAAGUAUGUGGCUUCAUACUCAUCUUAUUCAGGAUAUGAUCUCGAUUUGUAAACAAACAUUUGCUUCGGUACGUUAUGCUUGGACAAGUGUUCCAACAUAUCCGAGUGGUUUGAUAGGCUUUAUACUAUGCUCAAAAGAGGGUUCAUAUGUUGAUUUUGUAAACCCUGUCAAUCCUAUUGAAAAAGUUGAAGGUGCUGCUAAACACCUAAGAGAACUUAGAUUCUAUAACUCAGAGAUCCACAAAGCUGCGUUUGCUUUGCCAGCAUUUUUGAAGAGGGAGGUGAGACUGCUCAGUGCUAUGUGAAACUGUUGCAUUUGUAGCACAUUGCAGUAGCAAUGGACAUCUUAAUUUCCAUUCAUUUCUAGCCAUCAAUCAUCGGUUUUUAGAUGUCAUUUGGGGAUGUUUAUCAUUAUGGGAAAAAUGAGAACUAGGUGUGAUGUGAUGAUUGUUAUCUAUACCAAUAGCAUAGAUGAAUUUAUUUUGGUCAAUUUUGUGUACAAUGCAUUAUCCAUACUAGUAUUUAUUAGUUAAAUAUGGGACAUAAAUUGCGAUGCA